GCUUUGAGUUUGUUUGACCGUGCAAUUAAGCUUUCUCCCAGAAAUGCUGCUUUAGGGCGUAAUCGGGCUGCUACAUUGACGAAUUUGGGUCGGGUUUCCGAAGCCAUUCGAGGAUGUGAGGAUGCUAUUAAGUUGGAUCCUAAUGAUGAAAAGCUUCACGAAUUUUUAGGGUAUUUACUAAUUAGGUUAGGACAGGUAGACGCUGCUAGGAAGCACCUAUUCUAUAAAGGGCAGCAACCUAGGGCUACAGAACUUGGCAUGUUACAAGCAGUUGAGAAGCAUCUAAAGAGAUGUACUGAUGCCAGGAAAAUUGGUGACUGGAAAAGCACAUUGCGGGAAGCGGAUGCAGCAAUUGCUGCUGGAGCUGAUUAUUCCCCUCAGCUUUUCUCUUGUAGAGCGGAAUACUUUUUGAAGACGCAGCAACUUGAUGGUAUAGACAGAAUCAUGUCAAAGAUACCAAAAGUUGAACCGUCUCCUAGCUGCUGCUCACAGAGCAAGUUCUUUGGGAUGCUUUCUGAGGCUUACGUACUUUAUGUUCGUGCCCAGAUCGACAUGGCAUUGGGAAGGUUUGAUGAUGCAAUUGCCUAUGCUGAGAAAGCCGUAAACAUUGAUCCUAAGAGUGUCGAAGUCGCAAAACUGCUCACCAGUGCAAGGCGAGUGGCAAGAGCUCGUACACGUGGAAAUGACCUUUAUAAUUCAGAAAGGUUUACGGAAGCUUGUGCAGCUUACGACGAAGGCUUAAAGCUGGACCCUUCAAGCUCAGUUCUUUACUGCAACCGAGCUGCCUGUUGGUUCAAACUCGGGAUGUGGGAAAAAACUAUUGAAGAUUGUAACACUGCUCUUCAUAUCCACUCUAACUACACCAAGGCACUUCUUCGAAGGGCUGCCGCAAACAGCAAGCUUGAACGAUGGGCUGACGCUGUUAGAGAUUAUGAAAUAUUGAAGAAAGAACUUCCACACGACGAUGUUGUUGCCGAGUCUUUAUUCCACGCUAAAGUUUCAUUAAAGAAAUCGCGUGGUGAAGAGGUUUCCAACAUGACGUUUGGCGGUGAUGUAGAGGAAAUUACACGCCCGAGUCAAUUUAGAGCUAUGAUAUCGUCAUCAGGUGUCUCCGUGGUUCAUUUUUUUAUUCCCUCGAAUCCACGAUGCACACGCAUUUCUUCUUCCUUAGAUAUGCUUUGCAGUCAAUACCCUUCCAUCAAUUUCCUCAAGGUGAACUUGGAAAAUAGCACGGAGGUAUCAAAUGCCGAAAAUGUGAGGAUUGUACCAACGAUCAAGAUAUACAAGAAUGGUAGUCGAGUGAAGGAGAUCAUAAACCCAACAAGUGAUGUGCUGGAAGCAUCGGUGAGACACUACAGUCUUUAAUACGCCAGAUUGUAAACUCAAUUCCUCGUAUUCACCACUUAGUAGUAGGACUUCCUCCGCUUACAAAUUCAAUCUUUUUCCCAUCAAAUGCAAGGAUUAUCGUGACAUAAAAAACCCCGAGCUGCACAAUAAUCCCAUUUUAGGAGCCAAUACAAGGAUAACAAGGGGGGAGAUAGCUUAGAUUCCUUACAUAAUUCAUUUAUUUAUUCGUUGUCUAUCCCUCCCCCCUCUCUGGUUCCGUCAUCUACCCUUUUUUUUUUUUUUUUUUCGUUUACAUUUUCACGAAGUCAGCAUCAUUCUUGUAGAACUCCCACCCUCGUAAAAUCUCUGAUCGAUUGAAAAAACAAAGAGAAACGGGAUGUGUGUAUACGUUGGUUAGGCGUCUCGGAGAAGAGAGGAGACUAAAUAGCGAUUGCUGGCUAGAGAAGGAUAUGUACAUGUAUAUACGUCGAUGAUAUAUACACAAAAGCAAAAUUGAAUACAAUUGAAGGUGGAGAUUGGAUAUGUCUGGUGGGUAAAUUCAUUGGGUUGGUGAUUAGAAGAUAGGAUGAAUAUGAAUGUUUUUAGUUUUGACAAUCUGUUGUUGCUUCUCAUUGCUUUCAUUUAUAAUAAAAAUAAAGUAUUUACUGCAUUGCUGCUCCA